AUGUCUAGAAUCGAUGUCGACUCGUUCCUCCAGCAGGGCUACUGGCAAAACAGCCGUGCUAAGAGCCCCGACACGCGAUCACCUUCCAGCUUCCUCCCAGAGCUUCCCGAGGCCGCCCCCAACGCUCUAGUAUACAGAGAUCCUACGGCUCCACGAUGGCUGCCGUCAACAGUUGCACGCCGGCAGCGCACUCCACCACCGCCACCUAGUGUCGAAGAAGAAGCCGACUCCCUUGCCCGGGAGCAUGGCUCGUCAGUCUCUUCUGAUCUAGCUGACUCCACCCCAAGUCGGGGCGACCUUGAUCAGUGGCCGAUCAUCCUUGAGGUUCAUGAGCACAACCCCGAGCGGCGCUUCACGAUUGUCACGCCGGCCACAGCCCAGGCCGAUGCAUCCCAGCCGGAAAAAGUCCCGGAAUCCAAGCGCAACUCUACUCGCAAGGACUCCUUACCGUCUGUGCAGCCCUACGACCGUGGUACGGCUCAGAACGUCGGCAGCGACGACCUAAAACGAGAUGCGCCUCGCAACAGUGAGCCUGAGAAGAAGCCGACUUCCCAGCAGGCAUCUCCUGGCGACCGCGAUUAUCGGCGUGACCAUCUGCCACCCAUCGUAACCGAUGUCGGUCCCGAACCACCGCUGCACCAGGUGAAGAGACCAAAGUCGGCAGCCGGGUCAAAUCCGGAAAACAACAACCAUGCUUCAGCACGGGAAAGAGAAGACAGUAAGCUCUCGCCUGACGUGCCCCGACCGGCCACAAAAUCGCGAGACCGAGCCGAGCGCAGAUAUGAAGAACCGAACGAUCGCACUUAUGAGCGCCGGACCCGACAGGAAGAGGAUGUCUACACCCGCAGGGCACCAAAGGGACCUCGGACUCGGGAGGACUCCACAUCGGAAACUCUCAGACCAGCUCUUCCAGUCCAUCCAUCCCUUGAAAAGAGACAUUCCGCCAACGAAGUGCCUUCAUCCAGGCCGAAGUCAAUGGUCCGAGAGAGCCCCGAACGGAAAGCUGCAAAUGGCGACCGGUCAUCAACGAUGCCGCCGGCGAAGCGGUCAUCACGCGACUCGUCUUUCGAGAGACCAUCCGAGCAGAGAAGCGAGCGUGAAAUCCCAUCGUCGCGCGAUUGGGACACUAGCGAGGACGACUCGAGGCGCCGCCUAGAUGCACGGAGACGACAAAAACCAGUCAUUGUGGACGAGAGAGUGGACCGCAGCGAGUUUGUCGGACCGCGACCCGAGACUCGGCCGCCCGCCGAAAAGGGACGAUAUCGGUCGCGGGACGUGCCUAUCCAUUCCUCACGGCCCUCUCAGCCACAACCAUUCGAGGCCGACCCCAUGGGUUCCCGGAGCUCGACAUUUCCGAGAGAGCCAAGGUCGUCUGAUGACGAACGACGAGCGCCUGCUCCACCACCUCGUGCCUCCACGGCCAGGACCACCAUGGGGCAAGCCGCCUCUAUUGCCAUCCCAGCCAUCGUUGCAGCUGCUACCGCGGCCGCGACGAGUUCUGGACGUGAUGCUGGCACGCCUAUCGACCGUCGGAAUCCUGGCGUUCUGCCACCACCGCCGCCACCAAAAUCAACGAGCUCCGCUCGAUCGUCCAGCUCUACGUUAUCCUCGAGCCCGCCCAAGCAGUCCUACCAACCUCCAAAGUUCGAUCCGGUCCUGAAUGGCUCGGGGCUGGAGAAGCCUGCAUCUUACCAUCGAAGACUCUCCGAGGAUGUGAGAAGUGGCGAGCUUCCCGAUAUUGCGGAUUGUCCACGAACCGUAGAGACGGCCGGGCACAUGGACUGGCUGACUCUGCCGAAGAGCGACAACUUCAACAUCUGCCCAACGUGCUAUCAGAACGUUUUUGCAAACACUGAGUUUGCGACGCACUUCACGCCUGCCCCCUUCCGCCCGGCCACCCGGCCAAUCAAGUGCGAUUUUGGGACUUCGCAGUGGUAUCAUAUUGCAUGGCUCCUCAUCUUGAAGUACCGCAAUGCAGACAUGACUCUGAUACACAACAUUGCCGCCAUCGGCGCCAACAAUCAGCCCUGCACGGGAUUUCGCGAAACCUAUCGGAAGUGGUACUCCAUCAGAGACCCGAGCUCUCAACGCGCAAUCUCGAGUUUCAAGGUGUGCGGCCACUGUGCACAGACGAUCGCAGUUCUACUGCCAAACUUGUCGGGUGUGUUUGUGGAAGCCUCUGGAGACUCGUCCGCAGGAGUCUGCCUGAUGCACCCCUCACCAGAAAGAAGGCGGUUCUUGCUUUACUUUGACAUUAUGGAAACAGCCUCGGAUCGUGCUCUGGCUACAAAGACUGCUCCGGACAUCCGCCGGCUGGCAAGCAAGAUCCGUGAGUUGUCCCGCGUGCCGGAAUGUCGCGGACACAUGCCAGUGAAGGACGGCAGGUGGCACAUCAUGAAGAGACUACCCAACUUCACAGUGUGCGAGGAGUGUUUUGAGGAUGUGGUGGAACCGGUCCUAGAAAGAGGCCAAGCACUGUCCUUUGUAGGCAACUUUCACAGCGACCCGGUUCAACUGCAGCUUGGUGCAUGCCAACUCUACUCAAACCGCAUGCGGGAGAUCUUCGGCCGAGCGAUGCGGCGCAAGGACUUUGACUACCUUGAGGACAAGCUCUAUGAACGCCAAGGCAAGGAGCAGGAAAUGUAUGCCCGCUUGAAGAGUCUUGACCGGAAUGCCCUCGGGGCCGAGUAUACCGAUCAAGAGGUCGCUCGAAUCAUGGACGAGUGGAAGAGGUGGGAGUAG